AUGGCCUCGGUAGUUGGCGAGGAUGACCAUGAGCUCCGCACCCACGGCCUCUGCGUGGUCCGGCUGAACCGAGAUUCAGCGGAACACAUCCUGGUAAUCAAUGCUUGCUACAAGCACUUGAUGGAACAUCUUGACCGAAUGCUCGCCCUUCCGGGGCCCAUGACUGCGGUCCCGCAGAAUCGACACUUCAUGCCAUUCUCGACCACGGUUGGGUUCAAAGGCCCGCACUCACCGCCUGAGCACCGACGAGACUUCUUGCUCCCAAUCUUUGGCACACCAGUGGAAGCAAUGAUGCGGGCGGUUUUGGGCAGCGCACCUCCCGGCGCUGGCGCUAUACUCCAAGACUGCGUUGGCCAGGAUGCUGAGCUCCGCGAGGUCACGGCCAUCGUGAGUGACCCCGGGUGCACUGCGCAGGAACUGCAUGGGGACAAUGAAUGGGCAGAGGACGAGCCGCUGGUGGCCACCAUGUUCGUUGCAUUGCAGGACAUUGCAGACGAAGCCAUGGGGCCAACAUACUUCUGCAUGGACACGCAUCACCCUCGCUGUUUCCCUGAAGGGCAAUGGGUGGCCCCAAGCAGCAGAGAGGGGAGAACAUUAGUCGCUGGUGGCUCAAAGCCAGCUACCUGGUUUCCCUUGCGAGCGGGAGAUGCGACGCUGAUGCACUCAACUUGCUGGCACAAGGGUGGGGCUAAUCAGAGUGAUCAAAGGCGGACACUUCUCGCACUUUCUUUGGUGGAAUCGCGAGCAGCUGUCACGAAAGAUGACCCGACAACUUUGCGGCUUCGAGAUUUUCAGUGA